AGUUUCUGCAACAAGUCUGAGAUUCCACUAUCAGACAAACACUCCGUGUUUCAUUAGCACUGUCCACACGUUCUGUUAAACAUGUCAGGCAAACUGGACCCGUCCACGUAUCUUUUCGACGUGCCACCGCUGUUAAUGGAGACAUUUUGUAAAGUGAUGGACAGCGGUUUUGACAGCCUUGGAUGGAGAGGUUUGGCUUCUCGCAUUCUGCCCAGCUGGCUGGAGGUCAGAUGCUCAGAGAUGCAUGCAGCUGCUGGGAAGAGCCCGACUCACGAGCUGCUCUGGUCCUGGGCUCAGCAGAACAAAACGGUAGAGGAUCUGAUGAAGGUUCUGGAGGAUAUGGGACAUUAUCGAGCACUCGAUCUUUUCCGUUCUCACGACUCACGGUACAAAGACUCACCACAUACCUCUUCAGUCCAGACCAUUUCUAAGCCUCAGCCUCAGAAUGAAGAACCAAGACUGGGUUCUGAUCCUGACCACAAAUGUGUGUUCGGUGAAGGCAGACGACAGAACGCUUUGAUCACUUACUUAGAGGUCAAAGUGGGAACUAGGAACUUCCACAAGGAUUUGAAAAUUGCAGAGAGUGCGCUUGCUGAGGUUUACCAGGGAAGACGAGGAAACGAAAGCUUUGCUGUGAAGGUUUUCAAGCAGGAGAAAAAGAAGUCUUGGAAGGAUCUGUGGGAAAAGUUCAAGACAGAAAUUGAAGUUUUACAUUUCUCUGAUCAUCCCAACAUCUUGGAGCUUUGGGGUAGUUAUUCAGAGGAUGAGCGCUACUGUUUGGUCUAUCCGUUCAUGCCUAAUGGAUCUCUGUUUCAUAAACUGCAUAAUGAGGAAAGUGGGAGGCCCCUGUCAUGGCAUGAGAGACUCAAUAUAAUCAAAGGCACAGCAAAGGCUGUACAUCACCUGCACACCGCUCAGCCUUGCAUGGUUAUCUGCGGAAACAUCACAAGUUCAAAUAUUCUGCUGGAUGAACGCUUGCAACCUAAGCUGUCCGAUUUUGGAAUGGCUCGUCUCAGACCACACACUGUUAACCAGAGCUUGACCAUAACCAUGGACACGGGCUCCCGCAGCAACCUGGCCUACUUACCAGAGGAGUAUAUACGUGAUGGCAAACUAUCCAUAAAAUUAGACAUUUACAGCCUUGGUAUGGUCAUUCUGGAGACAUGCACAGGCAAGAAAGUGAUGCAGGAGACACCAAAGCAAACAUUACUGAGGGAUGUGCUGAGUUUAGAGGCAGAAGAGAAGGGCUCUGUGGAUGCCUGCCUAUGCUUUUUGGACACCAGAGCAGGAGAGUGGCCCACUGCAGCUGCCCUCUGCCUGCUCCGCCUGGGUCUGGAGUGUACGAGCAGUCGAGCCCGAGCCAGACCAUGCAUGGACAAUGUGGUAGAGAAGCUUAGCGAGCUUCUCCCUUUGCCUUUUGCCCUGGAUGAGCGUCCACGGACCCUGGCUGACAUGACCCCACCUUCCGUACCUGCUGCUGAUCACAGUCUGAGCUCCAGCCUGCCUGAAGAGGUCGACGAGCCUAAACUCACGGAACAGUCCAUACCUCGAGAGAGCAGCCAGUCAGAAGUCACGUUUUUGGAUAAGAAGGAAUGUGGCAUGUGCCUAUCCAGCAGCUCGGUCAUGAAAGGGAGAAGAGAUGGCACAGCUAUGCAGUGCCUUCAGACGGAGUGCACCCCUGCAGUUGAUCUAUACAGCAGCUGGCCUGUCGAGUGUAGCUGCGCAGCCGGAGCAGAAACAUGCUGUGAGGAUUGUUGGGCCAAUGGCUUUAGCCACGAUCCCUCCUUCAUUCCUGAAGGUGACAGAAGACAGCCUUGUGAAAGUACAAUAGAAAAUCCUGCUAAAAUGAGGCUCCGGUAUAAAAUCCAGCUGUACAACCAAGGCUUACUCAAGACAGAGGAACUACUUUCAAUGACAUCAGACUGAUUCAGUAGCUCUGUAUUAUACGCAUUUCAGCAAUACCUUUGGGUUAUACAUGUUUCAGCAAUACCUCAAUUUCCUAAGGGUUUUUUUAAAAAGCUAUUUAAGUUUCAUAAAGACAAAGUUUCCAAACACUGUACAUAAGGAUAAUUUUAAAAUAUUGUAUUCUAAGGUUAUGCACUCAAUAUUCAGCAGAAACAAAGACUUAUUGACAAUGAAUGAUUCAAUGCAAUUGUCACUAUCACAUUAGUUUGCAUAAUUUACAUAAUAUAAUAUAUUAAAUAUUUAAAAAUAUAUAAAUUGUAGGUGUAUAUAACUCUAUCUAGUGCAGAGUACAAGAGGAAUGUACUGAACUUAAUAUUAAGUAAAAUAAAAUAACAUUAAAUAAUAAUGUAAUGUAGCAGUAGACUGCAUGGUAAGCAGAUCUGCAAGCAUGUGUGUUACGGUUAUUCAGGAUAUAAGAUGUCAAAGAAUGUUCAGACAUAAGAGGUUAUGUGUAAAGUGGAACUAUAUCGAGACUAGACAAACAGACUAGAAGAUCCUGUUAGAUAACUCACUACUUACAGAAGCAUCUGGAAACACAUCUAGUCUCUAAUCUGAACCUGCAUUUAUUACUACAUUCCUUAUAUCAUUUUCCAUAUAUAUUAUUUUAUUUAUUUAUUUUUUAAAAAGUCCCAUAUAUUAAUUGUGGACAUUUGUACGUAGUUUGUCUAUAAAACACAUUUAAAGUGACUUUUAAUAAAAUCAUUGUAACUUUAUCUGCCUCUCCAGCAGUUUUCACUAUAACCCACUAAUUAAUAUUCAAUGAGCAGAUCCUUAUAUUCAGUUAUAUUUAUUAGCUUGUUCAUAGCCUUUGUCACAAAUUGAGAAAUAUUUUGAAUGUCAAUACAGGCAGACUUUUUUUUAUUCAAAAUCCCUCUUUUUGUAACUUGUGAAAAGUAGUGAAAGUAGAGUCUUUACAUAACAUCAUGAAACUCCAAGCAAAACUGAAUAUACAAAAUCUAUACACCCCUGUUAAAAUGGCAGGUUCUGUGAUGUAAAAAAAAAAGAGAAAGCAAAAUCAGAAAUCAGAAUUUUUUUGAUCCCCUCAGGGAAAAUAAAUUAUGUCACGACUUUUUCCUCCCUCAGUGUGAAAUUACAGUGUGUAGCGGACUAUUAACAUCUUCAAUGGAAAACGGAAUAAUAAAAUAAUAAACAAUAAUCUAGUUAAAUAAGUUUGCGCACACCUAAACUAAUACUCUGUUGAAGAACGUGCAAGAAAUUACAGACUCAGAUUCCACUCCAAGACACAUUUCAGAAAGAGCUCAUUCCAAAAAAAAGGCUUAAAUAUCAUAGAGGAAUAUGUUUAGAACACUAAAUAAAUAAAUAACCUUAAUUAAUUUUGGUAUGAGAGAGGAAGCAGGACAUCAAGGAUCAUCUGUGAAGGGUGUAUGUGACCGUGAUUCCUAUUUAAACAAUAAUAACACCUCUGACAAUACCAAGCCAAGGUGUACAUGAGCAUGAUUACAUCCGGCUAAACAAUAGAGUCACCCAGCCAUCUUGGGGCUGCUUAAUUCUUACACUCAUUAAAAAUUACACAUAGGAAAACCAGUAUAAAAUGUUUGAGCAGGAUUGGUCCUGUGUGUUUCUUGAUUCUGAUGAACCAAAGUGCUUAGUGUACACUGUAAUAAACUGUUUUGAUAUUAUUAGACCACUCAGUCUUUUGGGGGUGAGUGUUUUAUCAUGGCACAUCAUGAGUAAAAACACUCCAGAGCCAUCAGAUUGUAAGGCCGUCUUCUGAGCACAGCCUGCUUCAUGUCACUCUACAGAUUUUUUAAAUAGAUUUGGGUCUACCUCUUGGUAGGUCAAUCAU